AUGACAUCUUCUCUGCCCCAGCAGACCCUGUCGUGGUGGCAGCAGACUUCGUCGACGUUUCCUUCAAGCACCAGUGAACAAAAUGAGCUGACUUCAAGUCUGUCAUCACCCACAACGUCCAAUUCCCCGUCUACUACAUCCGAAGAGUCUGAAACUGAGGAGUCUCCGACACCAACGAGCCAAAGUCCGACUAAGACUGAUGAUGAUGAUGAUGAGGAGACUCUGAGUAACACCAACCUGAGAAGGACUACUACUUUUAGAGACGUGCAAAACGGCUCUACGGUCAUUGUUACUCAGACCUCAGUGUACACGUCAGGAAGCCAGUCAUCUGCCACGGGCGACGCCAACCGCCUGAAAGACGAUUCGGGGGGCCUCAGUCAAACCAACAAGAUUGUUGUAGGUGUGGUUGUUGGCGUUGGAGGUGCCAUCUUGUUGGCGAUAGCGGCGUUGGUAUUCUUUAUCAGAAAGAGAGGCAGCAGGGGUCGCGAGAGUGGAUGGACCUUCUGGCGCAAGGGCGAGAAGGGCGACGAGGACGACUUUUUUGACGGCGAGCUCGGAGUUCGUGACCGUAAGAUCAACCAGGGGCUGAACUUCUAA